ACUAAAAAAAAAAAUUGAAAAAAGUGAAAAACUCGUGAACGAAAGAUUGACUGACGAAGUAAGGGAAAUCUGCGUUUUGUGAGAAGCGGCAGAAAUAAACCUUGGCCAAUCAGAAAGCAGGAAGCGGACGAGCGUGUUAGUUUCUGUUUUCAGUCUACUCGCUUCGCCGUGUUGACCGGGGGCGAGCGAGAGCACGUGUGCGUGUGGUGGCCAAGGGUUGUUUUCUGCCGUGACGUUUCUUUUUGGCACGUGACGUUUCGUGGCGUGACGUAUUGGACUGGAGAAGUUUCGCGUCUACGUUUCCCCUGUUUUCGGGGCGACAUGGAUUCGCAUCCAAAUCUCGGAAAAGGGCCUGCCGACGGGAUCCGUACAUCGGUGGAUGCCUCGAUCGCCGACGGCGGCGGCAGCAGCGGUGGUGGCGGUGUCCCUCCCUCCGCCACUGUGGCGGGCGCGGCUGCCGCAAUGGCAUUGGCAGCCCAGCAGGACCAGCAGAACCCGCCGCCGCAGCAACAGCAGCCGCCGCAGCAGCAGCCGCAACCGCAGCGGCAGCAGCAGCAGCAGACGCAGCAACGUCAACGUCAGCAGCAAGAAGCGGCAGCUGGGGCCGCAGCCGCGGCGGGGUCGGCGGUCGGCGGGG